UCUCAAAUAUCGUUGAUUCUCGGCUACAGCGAUAGUUCACGAGAUCUUUCCGUACAACUUCCUUUUCCGGUUUAAUCACCUGAUCACCAAUGGCGGACGCAGCACCAGCCGGUGGACGUGGGGGAUUUAGAGGAGGAUUCGGGUCCGGCGAACGUGGAAGGGGCCGCGGUCGUGGACGUGGGCGUGGCAGAGGAAGGGGACGUGGACGUGGGGCAAAGGAGGAAAAGGAAUGGAUGCCUGUCACUAAACUUGGACGUUUGGUGAAGGAUCUUAAGAUCAAAUCUCUAGAGGAGAUUUAUCUGUUUUCCUUGCCCAUCAAGGAGUUUGAAAUCAUUGACUUCUUCCUUGGAUCUGCCCUAAAGGAUGAAGUACUGAAGAUCAUGCCUGUUCAGAAACAGACUAGAGCCGGUCAGAGAACCAGGUUCAAGGCAUUUGUUGCCAUUGGUGACCAUAAUGGUCAUGUUGGUCUGGGAGUCAAGUGCUCAAAGGAAGUGGCCACUGCUAUCCGAGGGGCUAUUGUCUUAGCCAAGCUGUCCGUUAUCCCUGUACGCAGAGGCUAUUGGGGUAACAAGAUCGGAAAACCACAUACAGUACCAUGCAAGGUGACUGGUAAGUGUGGCAGUGUCACAGUGAGGUUGAUCCCAGCACCUCGUGGAACAGGUAUUGUCAGUGCUCCCGUCCCCAAGAAGCUGUUGACCAUGGCUGGUAUUGAGGAUUGCUACACCAGUGCCAGAGGCUGCACAGCAACACUGGGAAACUUUGCCAAAGCUACCUAUGCUGCCAUCGCCAAUACCUAUGCUUACCUGACCCCUGACCUGUGGAAGGAGACUGUAUUCACCAAGUCCCCAUACCAGGAAUUUACAGAUUACCUGUCCAAGGUGCACGCAUCUGCAACAAGUGGUGUUCAGCGUCAGGAGCAGAAGGUCUAUUGAUCAAGACCCGCGCUACUCCAGCAUGCCACAGUUACUCGGAUUCACAUUGUGUAAUGCUUGAAUAAACAAGAGACUUGGCAUAGAAUAUA